CCUUGACCAUUUUCUUCUUCUUCUUCAUCGCUCUCUCUAUCUCCUUCACCAAUCCCAGACGAGUCAGAGGCUAUGGCGACGCCGAUUGUUGACGCGGAGUACUUAAAAGAGAUCACCAAGGCUCGCCGUGACCUCCGCUCUCUCAUCUCCAACAAGAACUGUGCUCCGAUCAUGCUCCGAUUGGCAUGGCACGAUGCUGGAACCUAUGAUGCUCAAUCGAAGACUGGUGGACCUAAUGGCUCUAUCAGGAACGAAGAGGAGUACUCUCAUGGUGCCAACAGUGGUUUGAAGAUCGCUCUCGAUCUCUGUGAGGGAGUGAAAGCUAAGUAUCCCAAAAUCACAUACGCAGACCUAUAUCAGCUUGCUGGUGUGGUAGCAGUGGAGGUUACUGGUGGACCUGACAUCAACUUCGUUCCUGGGAGAAAAGAUUCAAAGGUCUCCACCAGGGAAGGAAGACUUCCUGAUGCUAAACAAGGUUUUCAACAUCUAAGGGAUGUCUUCUACCGCAUGGGAGUAUCUGAUAAGGAUAUUGUGGCACUCUCAGGGGCUCAUACUCUGGGAAGGGCUCACCCAGAGAGGUCAGGCUUCGAUGGAGCAUGGACUGAAGAGCCUCUGAAGUUUGAUAACUCCUACUUCGUGGAACUGCUGAAAGGAGAAUCAGAGGGCUUAUUGAAACUUCCAACUGACAAGACUUUAUUGGAAGACCCAGAAUUCCGUCGUUAUGUUGAGCUCUAUGCAAAGGAUGAAGAUGCAUUCUUCAGAGACUACGCUGAAUCUCACAAGAAACUCUCUGAGCUUGGUUUCAACCCAAGCUCCUCAGGGGGAAAAGCGGUUGCAGACAGCACGAUUCUGGCACAGAGCGCGUUCGGGGUUGUGGUUGCUGCUGCGGUCGUGGCCUUUGGUUACUUUUACGAAGUUCGGAAGAGGAUGAAGUAAAUGGAAUAGAAGGAAAAACUUAUCAAAUGAUAAUACCCUAUUUUGUUGCUAGUUGCUACAAUAUGCAAAACUCUUUAAUCCACGACCAUACUGUUUUGUAGUAAAAAAAAAAAGUCAAAUAAUAUUUUGGGGCUAAAAUUGAUCGUAAUUCAUGGUA